CUUGGCUGCGCGCGACAGCGGGACGUGGCCGAGGGUGCGCGGCGCGCGGACCAUGACCCGCAGCUGCUCCGCUCUGGGCUGCACCACGCGGGACACCGGGCUGAGCCGGAAGCGGGGCAUCUCCUUCCACCAGUUUCCUAUUGAUGACAUACAGCGUACGAAAUGGAUCCAUGCUGUUAAUCGAGCAGACCCCAAAAGCAAAAAGGUUUGGAUUCCAGGACCUGGUGCCAUAUUGUGUUCCAGACAUUUUGCAGAAGCGGACUUCGAAUCAUAUGGCAUGAGAAGAAAACUAAGGAAAGGAGCUGUACCUUCUGUUUUUCUAUACAAGGAUCCUCUGAGUACAUAUCUUAGAAAUAGAAGAUCCCAGAAAGCAUUAAAGCAGCCACUCUCGCAUAAUUCUCCUGAUGAGGAGGUCAUUACUGCGGAUCACAACUAUAGCUUAAAGAAUCCUGCAACUGCUGCUGAGCAACAGACAGAAAUGAAAGAAAUAGUACAGUUGCCUAAAAAGAAACUUGUUGCAGCACGAAGGGGUCUCUCUUACCAAGAACAAAAUGUCUUUAGUGUAAUCAAUGAGCUUGCAAAGAAGAAGCUGCUCUCUGAAGAAGCUAUGAGCCUGCUGCAGGCCCAGUUUUCAGAUUUGCAGUGGGAACCACACAGCUGGAGACAGAUGACCGAGCGCUCCACAGAAAUGAGGCAGUUUGCCUGUACUCUCCACCUCUAUAGUAGUAAAGGCUAUGAUUAUGUAAGAAAGAAUUGCCUCCUGCCUCAUCCUUCCAGCCUGACAAACUGGUUGUCUAAUGAUGAAGGUAGUCCAGGCUUCAGCAACAGUAUUUUCUUUCACCUUCAGCAGAGAGUAGAGCAAGAAGAACAGGCAUACCAGUACUGCUCACUGAUGAUCGAAGGUAUGGCUCUCAAGAAACAGCUGGAAUGGGACCCUGUGACUCGACGUCUGGUUGGGUUUGUAGAUGUAGGUGCAGGAGCACUUGAUGCUGAUGAAGCACCACUGGCCUCAGAAGUUAUAGUCCUAAUGGCAGUAGGUGUUCUUGGUCACUGGAGAGCUCCCCUGGGUUAUUUCUUUGUAAAUGGAACCACUGGCCAUUUACUAGCUCAACUGCUUUAUCAGACCAUCAGCAAGCUGACCAACGUAGGUGUCAGAGUUCUCUCUGUGACGUCUGCAGCCACUGCUCAAGGUGUUGAGCUGGCAAAGGCGUUGGGCAUACGUAUUGAUGCCAACAACAUGCAGUGCACUUUUCAGCAUCCUCAUAGUGCCACUCAUCAGAUCACAUACUUCUUUGAUGCUUGCCAUAUGCUCCAGUUAAUAAGAAAUGUGUUUCAGUGCUUUCAUAGGAUACAGUUCAUUAAUGAAACAGCACACUGGCAGCACAUAGUGGACCUAGUGACUCUGCAGGAGAAGGAAUUACUGUAUAUUAGUGACCAAUUGUCAGGAAGACCCAGAAAUAGUGAAAGCUGUCACUUGAGGGUGAACUAUGUAGCACAGCUGUUCAGUGAGAGUGUCACUGGCACGCUGGAAUGUCUCCAGUUGUUGGGCCUGCCUUCUUUUCAGAACUGCAGUGGGACCAUCAAAUUUGUGCGCUUGAUGAGCUAUCUGUUUGACAUUUUUCAUGGAAGAAGCUGUUAUGGAAUAGGAUUGAAAGGGCCUGUGUCCUCUGAAAAUUAUGCCAAGAUACAUCGCCUCUUAACUGAGGCUAAAAGUGUCUUUGUUGCGUUAACUGACACUUCAGGGAGACACUUUCUGAAAGGUAAACAUAAAUUAGGAUUUCUAGGGUUUUUGCUUAAUGCUGAGAGCUUAAAAUGGCUUUACACAAACUAUGUCUUUCCAAAGAGCAUGCCCUUCCGCUACCUCCUCACUUACACAUUCAGCCUAGAUCAUCUGGAAUUAUUUCUCAGCACCCUCAGACAAGCAUGUGCGAGCUGCGAUAACCCUACCUGCAUGAUGUUCCAGACUGCUUAUUCUAAACUGCUGACCAAGUAUAAUUUGGCACCAGGAUUACAUCUAAAUCUUUUAGGUGACAUGAACACCUUAGACGUAUCUAUUGUUCGUAGGACAGAUUUGGCCCUUGAUACCAUUCAUUCUCAGUAUGGUCAGGGUUGUAUGGCGAUUCCAUCAAUGGAUUACGUUUACUAUACAGGCCAUAUUUCAUUUAACUCUACACUGAGUGAUGCAUUGACAGAUCUGUCCCUCUAUGCAGAAAGCAUCACCUAUACUGCUGGCUGUGUUGCUGAGAGGUUAGCAGCUGCCAUAAGAUGUGAAGCCUGUGUCACUUCUCUCUUUGUGUCAGAUGAAAAAAUCCUAAAAUGUGGUUCACUGUUGUGCAUUAAAAAGAUUGGGAGCUGGAGUUUGCCAUCAGAGAGCGUGCGUCAGAUUGUGAGCGUUUCUGAGCAAAUCCUAAAAACGCAUGCAAGAGUGAAAGACUGUAACCUAAGCCUCAAGCAACAGGCCAGGUAUUUAGAACAGAAAAUUUUAUAUGAGUUAUCUGAACAGAGUCACCUUUUCUCGGCGUUAAACAAUCACCUAUUUGAAGGGGAAUUGUGUGUCACCAAUCACUACACAAUGCUGUUAAGGAACAUAGUGCAAUGUUACUUAAAUGUCAGAGCUGACCAUGCAAAAGAAUGGGGUUUGGAAUACUGUUCUGGAAGGCAUGGAUCGAAGAAGUUGACUAGGAAAUAUCCAUUUUCAUCAUCAUUAAAGACUUAUAAAUCUAUCCAAAUCUUACCUGUGCCAUAAUUUCUUACUAAUUUGUUAAAUGGUCUCCCCUUGAGUAAUGUUUAGAUAAGGUCUGAUCUUUGCAACACAAAUGUCAGAGAACAGGGAUGGUGUAUUUCAGUUGAUCUCUUGGCAAUACUGUGUCCAGCGGUGGCUAAUAAAGGAUAGUCCUAGGAGGAUUAACUGUACUAGGUUCCAGUCAUGCCUGGGGUUAGAAGUGGAAAAUGAGUUUGAGGUCAUCCUAAAUUCUCAUUUAUGCAGAUUGCACAACUACAACUUAUUUUAGAACAACAAUGUCUAUGUAAGGACUAGAUUACGGAAGCUACUGGAAAUCCACAUUGAGGUUCAUUGGCAGUUAUGUGUGGAAGCUUGCCGAAUACCUACCUAUGCUAUGCCUGGCUCUGGGUAGAGCUGUUAGCCCCCGACUAUGAUGAGUACAAAGUUUCCUCAUACAUGUUUAGAAAAGGGGCUGGGGGGAAAGAACUGAUGGAGUACUAUAGCAGCAGAUAACUCCAUAGAGCUGUAGAAAAAAAAUUAAGCAGCAAAACAGCUUACACAAAGCUAUUAAAAAAAAAAAAAAGAUUUGUACGAGAAACAACAUGUUUUACUUGUACUUACUGAUUAUAUAAUUACUCUGCCUUUUGCCUUUAAUUCCACUAGCAGCUUAUUAGAAAAAUAAAGUAUUCCAAACUGCUUCCUUUAAGUGCUUAAAUCUGAACACGAAUUAGGAUAACAUGAAGUGACGAAAAGACCUUGAUUUUGGCUACCCCAAUGGGAAAAAAGUCAGUCAGGUAAGAAAUAAAACUGAUGGAAUAGGGUCAGGUGCAGGGGAUCUGUCACAGAAUGGAAUAGAUAGGAAAAAAACCAAAACUUGUCAUGCAUUUCUCUACACAGGAUUCUACAAAAUACUGUAUAAAGGGUGGGCCAGAUAAUCCUUGAAAAUAUUUAGGAAGUAAUUUAAUAUCUGCAGAUGUGCUUGCCAGUGUAGGAGGUAUCCUGCCUUGGGGGGCUUGCAAUCUAAAGACAGAAUAACUCAGGACCCAGUAGGAGACCUAGUGCAAAGUGUUGGCGAGAAACUUUUGAUUUGCUUGUUUCCUCCUCUUAAUAAAAUGUGGGGAAGACAGU